AUGCUUUAUAGCUUGAUGUCUUCUGUGAUGUUAUCAGAAGCCUUCAACAAGGAUGAAAAUGACGUCAAGGUCAGCUACUACACUGACAUGCCUGAUGACCUGUCAAUGGAGGAGAGAGAAGAACUUUUAAACAUUCGUCGCAGAAAAAAAAAGCUUAUUGAUGAUAUAGAGAGGCUAAAAUUUGAAAUUACAGAAGUGAUGACAGAGAUUGAUAACCUAACUUGUGUAGAGGAGAGCAAAACUACCCAGAGGAAUAAGCAAAUAGCUAUGGGAAGAAAGAAAUUCAACAUGGAUCCCAAAAAGGGAAUUCAGUUUCUUAUAGAAAAUGACCUGCUGCAGAGUACCCCAGAAGACAUAGCCCAGUUCCUUUAUAAAGGAGAAGGACUAAAUAAAACUGUAAUUGGGGACUACCUUGGUGAAAGAGAUGAAUUUAACAUUAAAGUUCUUCAAGCUUUUGUUGAACUCCAUGAGUUUGCUGAUCUCAAUCUUGUACAAGCUUUAAGGCAGUUCCUGUGGAGUUUCAGGCUUCCAGGGGAGGCUCAGAAAAUUGAUCGCAUGAUGGAAGCUUUUGCUUCACGCUACUGUCUCUGCAACCCUGGAGUCUUCCAGUCUACAGAUACAUGCUAUGUGUUAUCUUUUGCAAUCAUCAUGCUAAACACCAGCCUCCACAACCACAAUGUCAGAGAUAAACCAACAGUGGAGCGAUUUAUAUCUAUGAACCGAGGCAUUAAUGAGGGUGGGGAUCUCCCUGAGGAAUUAUUGAGGAAUUUAUAUGAAAGUAUUAAAAAUGAGCCUUUUAAGAUUCCAGAAGAUGAUGGCAAUGACUUGACACACACAUUUUUUAAUCCAGAUAGAGAAGGCUGGCUAUUGAAAUUGGGUGGGAGAGUGAAAACCUGGAAGAGACGGUGGUUCAUCCUGACAGAUAAUUGCCUCUAUUACUUUGAAUAUACAACAGAUAAAGAGCCCAGAGGAAUUAUCCCUUUGGAAAAUCUUAGCAUAAGAGAAGUGGAAGAUCCCCGGAAACCUAACUGUUUUGAGCUUUAUAACCCAAGCCAUAAAGGACAAGUGAUAAAAGCCUGUAAAACAGAGGCUGAUGGUAGAGUGGUGGAAGGGAACCACGUCGUAUACAGAAUAUCUGCUCCAACCCCUGAAGAGAAGGAAGAGUGGAUCAAAUCAAUCAAAGCAAGUAUCAGCAGGGAUCCCUUUUACGAUAUGCUGGCAACAAGGAAGAGAAGAAUUGCCAAUAAAAAAUAGCACUCUGCUGUUUGGGCAGUGAUUCACCCAAGUUCCAUAUUAAGGGGAGCAUGAAAACAAGAAUAUAAACAGGUAAAAGUAAAAUAAAAAAAAACUAAGGAAAAAACUGAUCAAACAACACUCUCACAUCUACCAUUGGAGUACAGAUGAUGCAGAAAACCUUUUGCAAGAUACUCACCAGGAGACAAGUACUUUAAAUAGAAUACUGCAGACAACUUCCCAAGGAUGAAUGUAUGGGAAUUUAAUUAACAGAAGACAUGGAAGCCUUAUGUAUGCUUUGGAUUUUGAAUAACCUAGAGAAAAUAAUCAGGCUGAUAGACGUGAAAUAUUUAUCCCUUCCUGUUUAUUGAGCAUAUUGCCCAGGAUGGGAGAUGUUAGAAAAUACUGUUCUUAUGAUUUUUAGCCAGUAUGAAUUCUUUGUAAUACAGCCACCAGAAACUGGUGCACAGUAGGAUUCAGAACUUGUUUUCUCUAUAUGAAGACCUUCUUCAUGCUAGUUGUACAACAUAUGACCAUUAGCGGUAACGCAAAUCAUUCCAAAUUCAAUUGUUUGAUAAAAAAAAAAGCCACCACUUUUUUAUUUAGAACUUUUUUCCUCUGAUAUAUAGGAAUAUAGCUUUUAUAUACCUUUUUAUAUUCUGAAAUUAUAAUGAAAUGAACUUUUUCUUUCUAACAAUAGUAUUUUUAGAAUGGCAGCUAUAAAUUUAAUUUAACUCCUGGGCACAAGUACAAUGUGCACUGAAAAUAUGCAGCUCCCAAAGGUAAGGGCUUUGGAAAAGAAAAAAACUAGUUUAAGUGCUAGCUGUAGACAAUUGAGGUAGUGUCAAGUCUAUGCUUACUGCUGCCAGAGACAGAAUUGGAUGAGGUAUAAGGUAAAAGGCAGCAUUUUCCUUUUACCAAGAUACUUAAUUUGACAAGGACUAGAUCCUGUGGGACAUAGAAGAAAGAGGUAUCCAGGAAUCUUUUAAAGAAUUUUUAGUAUUUUAUGAGGGGAAAGUCUUCCUUAAUAGUGUCUAAAUCUCUCAGAUCACCAAAAAAAAAAAAAAAAAGAAUUAUUUGGCUUUAAUUUGCCCCAGGAAUUAAGCAUUAAAAUAGUAGUACACAACAUAGAAGUGAGAUAGAAAAGGGAACUUUUCCUUUCCAACCUUAGCUGAGAAGGUGCCUUAAACUUUUAUGUGGCAUUUUUUUGCCCCCAAGUGUUUUCUAAAAAAACAAUUUAUCAUUGUUAAGGACAUCUGCCCUGGGGUGUUGAUACUGUAAUUGCUGAUUCUUCGAAGAGGGAAAUCCUCCAAACAGAAACAUGUUACACAUGUAUCUGACUGAACAUAGGGAGCAUGUUCUCUGCUAUCUGCACUACGAAAUCUUAUGGUGAAACAGAGUAUUGCUUUUAUUCCUCAACUUUAUAAGGAUAUGACCAAAUUCCUUAAUGAACUAGAAAUAAUUUGUGAACCCUCUUUCCUCUUGCAACACACCUUUAGGCAUGUUUUGAGAUAUUUAAUAUUCCAUCAUAUGAGGAACAAAUCAAACUGUGGGGCAAAUACAUUCUUUUAGAUUUUCUUAAUUGCAUGGCACUGAGGUUUGUUUUAAACAGUUCAGAUCACAAAUACAUCACCUAUAUAUUAAUGGAAAUUUGGAAGUUCCUUAAUACAGAGAGUUUUAAUACUUAAUACUCAGCCUCAUAAUAUAGCACAGAUGAUAGUCCCAGAAAUAUAUUAGAGGCAAUGGGGUGGAUCUUUUUGGUGUAGGUAUAUUUUAGCCUGGAAUCCCAAAGAAAAUCUAGGAAAUGUAAAAUAAGUUACAAGGCUACAAUGGUUCCAAGUUUAGGAUUGGGUCAGUUAAUAGAUUUCUAAUCCAUUUUUAUUUAUUUCUAUGACUAUAUACAUUUAGAUGCGGGACAUAACAUUCUCCUUUAGGAGUCCCUCUAUGACUAUGGCUGUGUUGAUUUAGUAUUACAUGGCAAGACUGUUCUUGGUGUUAUCUCCUCUUUCACAAGUGGAAAUUAGAAACCAGGUAUCUUCUCCAACCAGAAAACUCACUAAAUUUGUCUCACCUGCACAGGCUAUGUGAUACAGGCACAGCACAAGGAUACAGAAUAUAUAGUGGUUUUAAUUACUUCCUACUACAAAGUCUUCAGUCAGGGAAAACCUCAAAUUUCCAUUUCACUUUUUAUGCCCUUGUUAAACUCAAAAUGGUGGAAUUAUUUAUUUAAUCUCGAUUUUAGUGAUGCUAAGACUUGGUGAUUGUGUGGAGGCACUGAUCUAGGCCAUUAAAAGGUAGAGAUACAAUAUGGAACAGAUGUCAUCCAAAGGUAUCUGAAAUCACUAUUGCUACUCAUUUCUCAAAUUGAUUUUUUUCCUGGGCUUUUGGGCCUCUUACCAUAAUCAUAUAGUAAAUUUUAAAUUUUGGUUUUGAGAAAGGCAGUGGUACCUACCUCAGAUAUCCCUCAUUAGUACACAUGCCUCUUUGGGUUUCAGCUUUCCAUGCAAGUCUCAUGGAAUACACCAGACCAAAUGUUGCUAAUGAAGAUUGAUUAUAGAAACACUAAUCAGCCUAGGAUUGGGUGUUCUCAUGCACAACAACAGUCUGUUGUUUAAUGGUUCAUUUUACUGAAAACUAUGAGCACUUAAUUCUCCAUGUUUUCUCUCUCAUUACUUCUUAGAACCAUUCUUUUAAAAAAGUCCUUGGUGCACGGGUGGGCAGGUAUCUUUCUGGUCUUGACCUCACAGCCAUGUUGGUAAAGGAAGCAUGAAGGAAAUGCCUUAUGAAAGUACAUGUGUUCUUUUGCCAUAGUAGUUUGUAAAAGAACUUUACCUAUGUGGAUGUUUACAUGGGAAAUUAUAGUAACUUAUAUAACUAAAAUUAUGUUGUGAUAGCAAAAAGUAGCAGACUUCUCUGCAUUUAAAAAAAUUCAAACAGUAGUUAGCUUAUUUCUCUCCUUCAUCCCACUUGCCUUUUGGAGUGUGGGCAGCAAGAUCGUGUUGUACUUAGAAUUUUUUAAUUUGCCACCAAAGGUAUUCGUUAUUUUAAAUUAAUUUUAAACAUUGUGACAGUAUUAGCAGGGAUGGAAAUAAGGCCAACAUUUCCACUAAGCCAUCAAUUAGGCUUCUCAAGGAGCAAAGCACCUCAGUGUCUAUAGGGGAAAAGUAGCUGGAACCCUGGGCCAGAUAAGGUAUUGUUCACAGGAGGGUGAGGACCUCCAACCCCCCCCCUCCCCGCACUUGGAGCUCCUCUUGUAGGUUCUGGCUGGAGAGAUCUUGUAAAACAAAACAGCGUUUUUCCCUGUGAGGUGCCAUAACUAAUUUUUGUUUUUUUGCCUGAGCCCAGGGAAGUAGUUAAGUUCCCUGCUUCCUCCAUUCCAAGAUUCAAUCUUCCUCCUCUCCCAGUUGCUUUCAGGGCUUGCACUUUGCCCCAACUUCUGGCCAAAGACCGAAAACCUUCUUCAGGGACAAUACGGAGGGUGGGGUAGUGUGUACACAACCAGGGACACUGACUCUAGGUAAGCUGCUUCUGCUGCACUUCUCAUCCCUGUAAUCUCCUCCCCCAACCAAGUUUGGCUGUGGUUAUAAACAGAUCUCAACCCAGGGAACAGUGUAAUUCAGAAAGCUUUUCUCUUAAGCUCAGCUGGACUGACUACAGUGCAAAGUAACCUAGCUCUAGAGGCAAGUCAGCUCUCAAAGGUCACAAACUUUUUUGAGCAGUUUAAUAUGUGUGGUACCAAACUGGGUCAAAAUAGAAGUAAUUUAUAGAUGGAGCAGCAUCUCAUGCUUCAUAUAAAGCAAUGCAUAUUUUUAAAGUUAUAAAUGCAUAUAUCUAAAUAGAUAUGCUUGCUGAGAAGUUAGGUCUGUUGUAGACCAGAAGCUAGUUAUAAUUUGUGAAUUAUCAGUUUCUUAUAUUUUCUUGGAAAACAUUUCUAUUUACAAUUAAAUAUAAAGUUAAUAUGUAAAUAAUGUACAGAUAUGUAUUGAGUUUUGAAGUGUUUGUUACUCAGUGUACAACCACAAUUUGCAUGAAGAAACAUUCUGUAUCUAUUCAUAAUACUUUGCUGUAAAGUGGAUAGGAUCGUUGUAUGGCUGUAAAACCCUAUUGCAAAUAAUGUGUUCACUUAAAAUAAAAGUCAAAAGUAUUGUUAAA